UAAAAAGCCUGAAAAGACCAAAAUGAGUCUGACAGAUAUAGAUAAAUCCCUGGUCAGGGCUUUCUGGGGUAAAGUUUCCGGAAAGGCUGACGCGAUUGGCCAUGACGCUCUGGUUAGAAUGCUUCUUGUCUACCCUCAGACCAGAAUUUAUUUUGCUCAUUGGCCUGACCUGUCUCACGGCUCUGAGUCAAUAAAAGAACAUGGCAAAACCGUGAUGGGCGCACUGAACGAUGCUGUGGAGAAGAUCGAUGACCUUGUUGGUGGCCUGAGUGCCCUAAGUGAUUUGCACGCUUACAAGUUGCGCGUGGAUCCAGGAAAUUUCAAGAUUUUAUCUCACAACCUCCUCGUAGCCCUUGCCAUCAAUUUUCCUGCUGAUUUCACUCCAGAAGUGCAUAUUGCUUUGGACAAGUUCCUCGCCGCCGUGUCUGCAGCACUUGCUGUGAAAUACAGAUGAAUAAGAAGAUAUUCUUGUUUUCAAAUCACCAUAUGAAUAAAUUGCAAAUGA